CUCUCUUGCCGGUGCCCCCGCCCCGCGGAGCCCGCCCCGGGCCGCUGCCGCCGCUCCGCCGCCCCGUUUGCAAGCGAAACCGCUCCGCUGAUGACGCCGUUCCGCUCCUGCCGGCGACCCGGAAGCGCCGAGGCGCGGCCCGCCCCCUGACCCGGAAGCUCCUCCCCGCUGUCUUUCCGGUGAGGAGGCCGCCGCCGCCGGAGCCGGGCCGGGGCCGCCGCUGGGGGGGAGCCCGAGCCGGCCCUGCAAGGAGGAGACAUGCAAGAGGAGGGAGAGUGAGAGGGGAGGGUACGUUGGCAUCUGUCUGAUACUAGACUGGUGAAUAGGAAGAAGGUCCCAUCUCUGGCGUGUUUGUGGAAGCUGGGAUGAUGAAGGCCCUGCAGUGGGAGCGUGCUGUGGUGCAGGGUUGAAGCUCCAGCCCAUGUCUGGUAGUUAUAGAGCAAUUGGAAGGGUUACGAGCAGAGUUCUGGUAAAGAUGGAAGAAUCUCAUUUCAACUCCUCCCCGUACUUCUGGCCAGCAGUGCCCACCGUCUCGGGACAGAUUGAGAACACCAUGUUCAUUAACAAGAUGAAGGAGCAGCUAUUGCCCACAGAGAAGGGCUGCAGCCUGGCUCCCCCCCACUACCCUGCCUUGCUGACAGUCCCCACCUCUGUGGCCCUGCCCACUGGGAUCUCCAUGGACUCGGACACCAAGCCGGAGCAGCUGACACCACACAGCCAAGCCCCCGUGACUCAGAACAUCACCGUGGUACCAGUGCAGUCUGCUGGGCUCAUGACAGCAGGUCCUGGUCUGGUGAUAACUUCCCCGUCAGGUUCUCUGGUGACCACAGCCGCCUCUGCCCAGACCUUUCCCAUCUCAGCCCCCAUGAUUGUCUCUGCGCUACCCCCUGGCUCCCAGGCAGCCCUGCAGGUGGUUCCAGACCUGUCCAAGAAAGGGACAACCACCCUUGCAGAAGGUGGCGGGGCUGGGGGAGUUGCCCCCAAGCCACCCCGGGGCCGGAAGAAGAAACGAUUGCAGGAGUCGGGGCUGCCAGAGAUGAGCGACCCCUUUGUGCUGACAAACGAGGAUGAUGAGGACCAGCACAAGGAUGGCAAGACAUACAGUGGUUCCGUGAGCAGCGGAACUAAUGAUGCCUGGUUUCCAGCGGCUCUCUCCUGUGUGGAUUCUCUGAUGUCUAAUCAAGGGUGCCGGAUGUGUUCGCUGACCUUCUACUCCAAGUCGGAGAUGCAGAUCCACUCCAAGUCCCAUACGGAGACAAAGCCACACAAGUGUCCUCACUGCUCCAAGAGCUUCGCCAACAGCUCCUACCUGGCCCAGCACAUUCGUAUCCACUCAGGGGCCAAGCCCUACACGUGCAGCUACUGCCAGAAGGCCUUCCGCCAGCUCUCCCACCUGCAGCAGCACACACGGAUCCACUCCAAGCUCCACACGGCGAUUGUCAAGCCGCACAAGUGUCCUCACUGCUCCAAGAGCUUCGCCAACACAUCCUACCUGGCCCAGCACCUCCGCAUCCACUCGGGGGCCAAGCCCUACACCUGCCGCUACUGCCAGAAGGCCUUCCGCCAGCUCUCCCACCUGCAGCAGCACACACGUAUCCACACCGGGGACCGACCCUACAAAUGUGCUCACCCUGGGUGUGAAAAGGCUUUCACCCAGCUUUCCAACUUGCAGUCCCACAGACGGCAGCACAACAAAGACAAACCUUUCAAGUGCCACAACUGCCACCGUGCGUACACGGAUGCCGCCUCGUUGGAGGUACACCUGGCUACGCACACGGUGAAACACGCCAAGGUCUACACCUGCUCCAUCUGCAGCCGGGCCUACACCUCGGAGACGUACCUGAUGAAGCACAUGCGGAAACACAACAUCCCUGACCCACAGCAGCAGGUGGUUCAGGCACAAGCCCAGGCCUCGCAGCAGCAGCAGCACUUCCAGCCGCAGGGCGGGGGGGCAGCAGGGGGCCCUUCUGGAGACACUAACCAACCCAACCCUCCCCCCCAGUGCUCCUUUGACCUGACUCCUUACAAGACUUCAGAGCAUCACAAGGACAUCUGCCUCACUGUCAGCACCAGCGCCAUCCAAGUGGAGCACCUCUCCAGCUCCUAGAGAGACCUCAGCCCAGGGAGCAGAACGCCUCUUGUGCAUAGCCUGUGCCAGGGGCACCGCUUGUGCAGCGGCCCUCCUCGUGCAACAGUUUCCGGCCUCUCCUCCUGCAGCAGCCUCUCCUGGCUGUGUAACCCUGUUCAUGGCAGCCCCUUGCACAACAGCCUGUCUCAAGGGGGUGCUCCUUCUGUGCAACAGCCUGCCUGGUAGGAGGAUGCUUCCUUGUGCAAGAGCCCCUUUCCUGUGCUGGGAUCACUUCCUCAUGCAAGAGCCCCUCCUUUGAAACCCAAAGAAAGGCCCCUGUUUUGCCUUCUCUCUCACUGUAGGAUGUGUACGAAGCGGGGUUGCGUGCUGAGACGCGCAUGGUGGAUGGGAUGGAGAGAUGGCCCUUGUAUAUACAGGGGCUUGGACACAUGUUUUUAGCAGGCCACAGAAGAAUGUGGCAGGGUUCACAGCUGGAUGGGGUUCUUUGAGGAUUGCCUUGAGUGUCUAAGAGAGAAAUAUCCAUUCCUGUCCCUCCUGCUUGUGAAAGGGAGGGGGGGUCGCUCGUCCUGCCCCAAGGAUUGGAUGGGAGAAACCUUCUCCCCAGUGGAAGGUGAGACCAGUGGAGGGGGGAGAGGUGAGGCAUGUUCUCUGGGAUGGACAGGUGCCUACACUGCCUAAGGGCUGUAGAGUAUUGCAUUCUUUCUCCUCCCCUGGUGGAGAGCAGUAGAGAGGAGUCUGUCUGAACUGGCUGCUGCCUCUCUCACAGCUGUCUGAGCAGCACAGUGGCCCCGUAGGAAUGUGGGUUCCUGCUCAUUGCCCUUCCUGCCCGUUGUGGAUGAUAUCCUAGCAGCUUGUACUCCUCCUCCUCUCCCUCCUGCUUUUCUCCUCCUCAGAAAAGCCUGCAGGCAUCAACAACAAACCAAAAAGCAACUGGAGGGAGGGUAAGAGACUGCCAAAAUAAUCAUCACCCUUCUCUCUACUCCCUUUCCUGAAAGGUGGAAUGACAGCAGUUCUGACACUCACACACCUGUCCUGCCCCCAGUUUCCCAGAGGGAAAGAGGAGGAGGAGGAGGAGGAGGAGGAAUAGACCAGUCUUUUCAAGGGGCUGGCAGGAAGCAGGGAAAGGCUAGCUUCUCCUGCUCAUCUCUUGCCAGAGUGCUCUCCCAGGCUCCCUCUUGCCAAGACGGGCUGGACUCACAUGGCAGUGGUGGCCUCUUCUGGACCCUGGUCAUGGGAGAGAAUCCCCAAAAGGUGGACAGUGGAGAGAAGGGGAUGAAGAUCCCCACAGAGAGACCAAUCUAAUGAGAAGGGGGAGCCAACAAGAAUAAACUGAAGGCCCCUUGAAUUUAUAUAUAUAUAUAUAUAUAAAUAUCUAUUCCCCACCCCGGCCCGCUCUGUCCUUGCUGUAACUGUUUCUAUCUCUGUGUUUAUAAAACGCAUUAUCCUGGCGAAUUUUUAUUUUCAAUCUUCGUUUGUUUUUCCCUUUCUCUUCGUCUUCAAUUCUCCUUCCUCUUAUUUUUUUUUAAUUGGUCCACAUGACUGCUAGUCUUGUGUGUUACUUAUUAGUUUCUUUGGAUCAUGGAGGCUGACUUGGAAGAGAAUGAGAAGGCAAGGGAAAAAGCAUGUGUUGUUGGGUUUUAAAAUCAGUCACCCACCCAAAGCCUAUAGAAUCCCAGACUUCUGUAUGAACAACCAAUAGGGGCUUUAUUUUAUUUUUUUUAACCACCCUGUAUAGAAAUAAAUCGGUGUAAAAGGCUCCUUGAA